CACAGGAUGCAACAUGGCGGCAGCUAUGGAGACUGAGCAGGUCGGAGUAGAGAUUUUUGAGUCCGCAAGCAGCCAUGGAAGCACAGAGCCCAUCGGGGGAGACUCCAAGCCAGAACCUUUUUAUGUGGAGCGCCAUUCAUGGAGCCAGAUGCGGAAGCUGCUAGCAGACACCAGGAAAUACCAUGGGUAUAUGAUGGCCAAGGCCCCUCACAGCUUCACCUUUGUAAAGAGAAAUGACCCAGAUAGCCCUCACUCUGAUAGAAUGUACUAUCUGGGUAUGUCAAUGUCUGGAGAGAACCGAGAGAAUACACUAUUCUACUCUGAGAUCCCGAAGAACAUUAACAGAGGGGCAGUUCUCAUGCUGUCCUGGAAACCCCUACUGGAUACCUUCCAGGCCACUCCUGAUUACGGCAUGUACUCCCGUGAAGAAGAGCUUCUGCGAGAGAGAAAACGUAUCGGGACGGUGGGCAUCUCAGCUUUUGAUUACCAUGCAAAGAGUGGAACCUUCUUGUUCCAAGCCGGCAGUGCCAUCUACACUGUCCGAGAUGGGGGCACCCGUGGGUUCACGAAACAGCCUCUUCAGCCUCAGUUACUGGAAAGCAGUUGUCCCAAUAUUCGCAUGGAUCCCACCAUCUGUCCUGCAGACCCCAGCUGGAUAGCUUUUGUCCACAGUAAUGACUUGUGGGUCGCCAAUAUAGAGAGCGGAGAGGAGCGCAGGUUGACCUUCGUACACAAAGAUAUGGUUGGAGUGGAGGAAGACUCGCGGUCUGCAGGCGUAGCAUCCUUUGUGCUACAGGAGGAAUUUGAUCGCUAUACUGGAUAUUGGUGGUGUCCUCGCAAUGAAUCAACACCUUCAGGAGGUCAGAUUCUGCGUGUCCUAUAUGAAGAGAAUGAUGAAUCUGAGGUGGGAAAUAAUUCAUGUGACAUCCCCAAUGCUGGAGACUCGCAGGACAGAUUCAUUUAGGUACCCUAAAGCUGGGACUGCCAAUCCAAAAGUGGCAUUUAAGUUGUCGGAGAUAACAGUGGAUUCAGAAGGCAGGGUGUUGGAUGUGGUAGACAAGGAACUCCGGCAGCCGUUUGAAGUGCUUUUUGCAGGGUGUGAAUACAUAGCUAGAGCUGGAUGGACUCCUGAUGGAAAGUAUGCCUGGGCUGUCCUGCUAGAUCGUCCACAGACACGUCUGCAGAUCGUCCUCAUCCCACCCUCCUUGUUCGUGGCACCUUUUAAAGACCUUUCAGAGCACCAUCGGCUGUCAGAAUCCACAUCGGACUCCUUAGCACCGCUUGUGAUAUACGAGGAGACAACGGAUAUAUGGAUAAAUAUCCAUGACAUCUUGUACUUUUUUCCACAAACCCGGGAAGAUGAAAUCCAAUUCCUCUUUGCCUCUGAGUGCAAGACAGGAUUUCGGCACCUUUAUCGGAUCACCAGCCUGUUGAGAGCAGCCGGUACUGGUAGGGCAGGAGCUGAUCUGUUAGGGCUCAGUGACUUUAGGUGCCCCGUAAAGGAGGAGGUAGCAGUGACCAGCGGAGAAUGGGAGGUUCUUGGCAGACAUGGGUCCACUAUUCGGGUGGAUGAGAUCAAUAAGUUGGUCUACUUUGAGGCUACAAAAGACACCCCUCUAGAACACCAUUUGUAUGUUACAAGCUAUGACACUCCUGGAGAGGUGACAAGACUCACGGACCUGGGCUUCUCCCAUUCCUGUUGUGUUAGCAAGCACUGCGAUAUGUUUAUCAGCCGUUUCAGCAGCCAAACCCUCCCACAUGCUGUACAUCUUUUUUAAAAUAAAAGGCACUGGGUCUGAUCCUGCCCAGAGGGACA